GUUAUAAUAAAUAAUAUAUAUAUAUAUAAUUAAAUAAUAAAGCCCUCGUUUUUGGAAUUCCAUUUUCUUCCUUGUCUUGUUUCUUCUCUGCAUCUAUGGGAUCUCGUGCAUAGACCAACCCCAGAAGAAGGAAAUAAAUAAAAAAAUAAAAAUCAACCCUUUUGUAAAUCCCCACCUUUUUUCUGCUAACGAUUUUAUGUUUCUUUCUUUGCUUCUGUAGUUUAUCUUUGUCGAUCGUAAUUGGGUUUGAUCUUUCUCUCUCAAUUUGAUAAUUGUGUUGUGUUUCUUUUGGAUUUUAUUUUUAUCAAGAAAAUUCUUGAAAUUUAAUGUUGAUUGAAUUUUGUUCGGGGUUGGGAGUUAGGUUUAGGGUUUUUUUUCAUUGGUGUGGUGGUUAAAUGUUGAUCUGUGGUUAGUGUCGGCCAUGUAUGACCUUCCUUGGGAUUUAAUUGGGUUUUGGAAAUUGGUGCUUAGUUAUUCCCAAUCUACUGUGGGAUUCCUUUCUGCUUCAUCAUUCCACUUAGUUUUAAUUUUUUGUGAUUGAUUUGGUGUUUGGAUGCGUGCAAUUGGAAUGUUCUGCAAUUGCCCUGUUCUUUUUAGUGAAACAGAGGUUUGUGCAUGGAAAUCAUGGAAAUCAUUACUAGUUUGCUUGAUUAUCUAUAUAAAUUUGUGUGAUAAAUGUCUUAUUUGGCAAAUAAGGGGUUCUUGUUGUUCAUGAAUCUUGUGAACUAGCAACACUUUGUUGCUUGAUAUUUCUGUAUGGGAUUUUUUUUAUUUUUCUUGAUGUCUAUUUUUAUUCUAUUGGUUUCUACUUAAUAUUUGAUAUACAGGCAAUGAAUCGAAUUUGAUACUCUAUGUUAUUAUCAGUGUCCAUUUUAUUGAUUAUAUGACUUGAUAGUGCUAAUUGCUCCCAUGCUUUAGGACUUUUGAAGAGUAUGUGGGAUAGACAUCCUGAAUGUGUAAAAUUUGAUUUGAUUUUCCAGAGUAACUGAAAUGUUGGGCUGUUGGAUAAGAAGAAUUCCUACCCACACUGCUAACCUUACCUUUUUUUGGCUAUUAUCAAUGCAGUAAUCCUUCACUUGCAUAUUUAGAACUAACCCUGAUAAUGUCUUUGUAAUUUCCUGAACUUUUCUGUCCCUCACCAUCAUGAUAUAUACGGAGUGUUGCUUCUGUAACAAUAAUGCACUGAAGUGCUUUUGUUUCUCAUUUAUUUUCCUGCAUGCUCAUUUGAGUUUUACUCAAAUAACUAGAAAAAAGUCAUUCCCCCUCAUAUAUGACAUUUCAGUAUGUCAGUUCCAUUCAUAUCUUCUCCUGGGUUGAAUCAAUGUUGACAUGUUUGAUCUUAGAUGCAAAACAAAAAUAAACGGGAUUUACUGAUGAGUCUGGAUCACAUAAUCCAUGUUGACUUCUGAUAAUGUGAUCUAGCAUACUAGGUAUAAACAUGUAGAAUAGUAAGCUCCCUUGGUAUCAUCUCAUUCAAAGUAUAGUGUUGUGUUAAUGAAUCAGUUUGAAUGAAGUGUCCUUAUUUCUCUGUUCAUAUAUAGUUCUGUUUCUAAUUGACGAUUCCUAGAUUUUAAACUUAAUCGAUAUUGAAAUUUAUUGGACUGAGAUCUUGUGUUGCUGAACAUAGUCUUUUUCUUCUUUUUUUUUAUGAUGUACCCGCAGAUUUUGGGGCUUGUUGGUGAUUCUGUUGUACAGAAGUGUUCGUUAGUUAUACAUGUGUCCGAGAUUAUUGUAUACAUUGAUUCAUUUUUUGUAUCGUACUUUGGAGCAUUGCCUGAGGGAUUGCCCUCUGAUUCUUUUGUGAAGUCAUCUAAAGUUCUUAUAAUUACAAACUGAGCCAGAAGCUGGUAGGGAUAUAGCUAGAGCUUAUCGCCUUGGUAAGUUCAUAAGCUAACAAUGCAUCAUAUUGUUAAUCUCAUGUCCUUUAUUAAUGUCUGAAAAAUUCCUUUUGCAUUGUGCUCAAUACAUAUUUGUUGAACUAUUUCAUUUCAUUUCUUGUAUAGAUCUCCUUUUUCAUAUUUUUCAUUGACAAGUAUUUUUCUAGUCAUUUUUAUCUGUUAAAGUCUCUUGAGAAAAGCUGAACUUUACAAUGAGUUGACCUAAUUUUCUCAUAUGAGGAAUCUAGAUUUUGCAAUUGACAAGAAAGUCUUCGUUAAUAGUCACUAGAGCAAGGUCCGUUAUGUUAGAAGUUGUAACAUGUGGGAAAGGAUACAAAGUGUUGUUACAAAGAGUAAUUGUCAGUCUUUAUCAAAUUAGUUUUUGGUUUAGUCUGAAGCAAGGACACCAUUCUAGUAUAGGUCUUUUAGUUCAAAGAAUCUAAUGACGAAGGUGUCAUUAACCUUGAAUGAUGAUUAAUAAUACUAGCCAAAUGCUUGGUUUUGAAUCCAAGAUUGUUAUAUUGUUGUCUAUGGAUAUGUAUGAAGAAGUAAUUGCACGGGUUGUAAAUGGGCUACCUAAUCCUUUAGUUAUGCUUCAUUUUGUGUUGUCAACAGUUGUGCUUCUUAUCAGUUUUUUUUUUUUUCUUUUUUUACUUAUAUAAUUUUUCUGUCAGUAAAGUUUGAACUCUUGAGCAGUGGAAAAGGUGUGAUAUACAUCGUUUUGAAUUACAAAUCAAUGCCCUUCAGAGUUUACAUGUUGCAAUGUUAGAUGUAGAUUAUACCUUGUUUAUGUAAAUCUCAGAAUCACACAUAGAAUCGAACAUUAUCCUCUUAUCAUGCUUUCGUGGAAGGAUGUAAUAGUACAUAAGCUUCACUGUUGUGUGUAAUAAAAGGAAAACGUUAUACGUUUGUAAUUUUUUGUUCCUUUUUCGUGUUUUGAUGGUUAAGGGCAAAUAGAACUAAAACUAUAGGAAUACAUAAAAGUUAGAGGGAAGCCAGUUACUAGAAGUCCGAGCAAUAUUAUACAUAAAGCUUGUCAGUUAUUGCUUUUCUUGUGCAUUUCACAAUAGACAGAGCUUAAGUGGUUUUGUGGAGUUUUUAUUAUAUCCAGUUUUAGUUUGUUACAUUCUUAUUGUAACUCUUUGCUUGUUCCUAGACUAAUAGAAUUUCUCUUCUACUGCUGAUCAUGUAUUUUUAUUUUUAAUUUAAUGUGAAAGAAUAGUGUGUAUGAUAUCCAAGUUUGUAAAAAUGAAAAAAAUUUGGUCCGGUUACUUGCAUCCUUUUCUAAUUGGUUCAAUAUGUUGAGUAGUUAACACCUUGCGAAGAAGAUGGCUGGUGUUAAGAGAAGAUUAUGUAGUGAUUCAGAUAUCCAUGCUCUUCACAAAGAACUGGAUGAAGUUUCAUGUCCUAUCUGCAUGGACCAUCCACAUAAUGCUGUUCUCCUACUUUGCAGCUCUCAUGAGAAGGGCUGCAGAUCUUACAUUUGUGAUACAAGUUAUAGACAUUCAAAUUGCUUGGACAGAUUUAAAAAAAUGAGGGACAAUUCUAAGGAGAACCAAAAUUUACCCAGUUCUUUAGUUAACACAAACAAUUCUGGUAAUAGUUUUGAUAUUAACAUUACUAUGCAAUCUGACAUGCAUGAUGUUAAUGAACUCCAUGCAAAUGAAAUUAAUACUCUAUUGUCUGUUGGACUUGCACAAGGAUCAAGACAGGGUGAUGCCCAAGAUCCAAGUAGGCAUUUAGACCAACAUGAUGAAGGAAUUUUAGAAACUGCUGAUUCUGAGACCUUGCAGGACAGGGCUGUGCUUGAGGAUUUAGAUGCAGAUAAUUCAUCUGACUCAAAAUUGAAAUUGAAAUGCCCUUUGUGCCGAGGUGCUGUAUUGAGCUGGGAGGUGGAUGAAGAGGCUAGAAAUUAUCUGAACGUGAAGAAGAGAAGUUGCUCAAGGGACUCAUGCUCAUUUGUUGGUAAUUAUCUGGAACUGCGAAGGCAUGCAAGGAGAGUUCAUCCUACUUCUCGACCCUCUGACAUUGAUCCUACAAGAGAAAGAGCCUGGCGAAAUUUUGAGCGCCAGAGAGAAUACGGCGAUAUCAUGAGUGCUAUUCAGUCUGCAAUGCCAGGAGCUGUGCUGGUUGGAGACUAUGUUCUUGAGAAUGGAGAUGGUAUUGGUAGGUUAUCAGAUGAACGUGAAGGCAACAUCAGCAAUGCAAAUGGACCAUGGUUAACCACCACUAUAUUAUUUCAAGUGAUGGAUAAUACCAUUGAAAUAGUCAGGGAACCAAGGGCUCAUUCAAGUACAUGGACAAGGCACCGGCGUUCCUCUGAACGCCGGCGAUAUCUUUGGGGUGAAGAUCCAUCCCCUGUCCCAAGGAGGCGAAGGCGUUUGACCCGGACAAGAUCCAAUGAAGAUCAACCACGAUGAUUGCCAUCAUUUACCUGAAUUGUUUGAAUUUGUUCAAAGUUGUGGUGGGAAAUGCAUGCAUUCAGAUCUAUGUUCCAGCUUGGGGACCCAGAAGAAUAUGCUGAAGCAGGAAGUUCAGAAUAAAUCAUAGUCUUUUACUUGAACACUAGUUUCAUUGAAACAAGGAAAAUCUCAGAAGGAUGUUUUCAAAAACACGUUUAAUGUAAAAUGCAUUUAGCCUUGGAAACACUAAACAUUUGGAUGAUUUGGAAGGUUGUAGCUCUGUUAAUAUAGUUAUCAUGCAUAAUAACUGGUACUAUGAACCUAUGCUGCUGUUCAAUCCUUAAUUAUCUGAACUAAAUCGUUUGCUUUGA